AUGAAGCUCUUGACUCACAACAUGAUGCAAAGCCACGUUAAGGGAAUUACCCGACGAUUUCCUCUUCUCAUCAAACCCGAGAAUGUCCGAGUUGUGGAGCAGGAAUUCAACCCGGAUUUUAUCCGACGAAUGCUUGGACGAAUUGAGUACGAGGCUCUUCAGCAGGCAAUGGCCUGGCUUGGCCACGACGGUAAGCUUCCCAAAGACUGCCCAAGUGAAGAUGAAAACAACGAAGACAUCCUGAAGGCGAUCCAUCACGCUCUGAUUGAAGUUGAAUUGGUUGAAGGCAAACUUGUUUGUCCCGAAUCCGGCCGAGAGUUUCCGAAUGAAAAAUAUAGCGACGAUGAAAUGAGAGCUAAACUCCUUGCCGCCUGCGUAACCUCCGAGAUGAUCAAAGAGAGCAAUAAAAAGAUGUCCAAAAUCAAGACCCAAAUCAUCAAGGUCGGUCCAUAUGAAGACAUCGAGCUCAGUCCACAGCAGUACAAGCGAUUGGCAGAACUUCUCCAACAGUUGAGCGAGAAUACCUUCGAGUUCCGAGAGCCCAAGAAGAAAACCAACAAAAGGCUGGCAGAUCAAGAAAGGCUUUUCGAUGAGUGCCCCAGCCUACGGAUGAUUUCUUCCGGAGCUCUGAUAAAUUUGAAUGAAGAGCCUUCAAGAAAAAAGAAGCGAAAGAAAAUAACGAAGGAGGAAGAGGAUGAAAAACUCGCAGCCAUUGCAAGCAUGGCCGUUACUUUUGACCAGAUUAAAACGAUGAUAAGAAUGAGCGCGUACGACCGUUAUGACGAUCGUCGACAUGACGACCGAUAUGACGAUCGACGAUAUGAUGACCGAUCGCGAUACGACGAUCGCCGAGACGACAGAGAUAGAUAUGAUGACAGAAGAUACGAAGAAUCCCGACGAGAUGAUCGACGAGAGGAGGAACCCCGAGAAGAGCGAGAAAUGAAAGUCGUCUCCAACGAUGGCGGUGCUGAGGGCAUGAACCCAGACGGUUUGAUUGAGUCCAACUGGGACGAAGUCUGCGAAUCUUUCGAUGACAUGUCCCUCGACCAGCAGCUUCUCCGAGGUAUCUACUCGUAUGGUUUCGAGAAGCCGUCCGCCAUCCAGAUGCGAGCUAUUGUCCCUUGCACCAAAGGAUACGAUGUCAUCGCUCAGGCCCAGUCCGGUACUGGUAAAACUGCCACCUUUGCUAUCUCUUGUCUCCAGCAGAUCGAUGUUAACCGAGCUUGCACUCAGGCCCUCAUCCUUGGCCCCACCCGUGAAUUGGCCCAGCAGAUCCAGAAGGUCGUUCUCUCCCUUGGUGACUACAUGGGCGCCUCCUGUUACGCUUGUGUUGGUGGCAACAACAUGAAAGUCGAAAUCCAGAGACUCCAGUCCGAGCCUCAGCAGAUCAUUGUCGGUACCCCCGGUCGAGUGUUCGAUAUGAUCACUAGAAAGGUCAUCGAUCCCCGAGACAUCAAGAUUUUCGUUCUCGAUGAGGCCGAUGAAAUGCUUUCGCGAGGUUUCAAGGACCAAAUUUACGAUAUCUUCCGAACACUUCCCGGAAACAUCCAGGUCGUGCUUCUGUCCGCCACCAUGCCCACUGAAAUUCUCGAUGUCACCAAGCGAUUCAUGAGAGAGCCCAUCAGAAUUUUGGUCAAGAAAGAAGAACUUACCCUUGAAGGUAUUAAACAGUAUUACGUCAAUGUUGAAAAGGAAGACUGGAAGCUCGAAACUCUCUGCGAUCUUUACGAGACCGUCACCAUCACCCAGUGUGUCAUCUUCUUGAACACUCGAAAGAAGGUCGAAUGGCUCACCCAGCAGCUCAACAGACGUGAUUUCACUGUCUCCUGCAUGCACGGAGACAUGGACCAGAAGAACCGAGAACAGGUCAUGAGAGAGUUCCGAACUGGUUCAUCCCGAGUCCUCAUCACCACCGAUCUUUUGGCUCGAGGUAUCGAUGUCCAGCAGGUCUCCCUUGUCAUCAACUACGAUCUCCCAACCAACCGAGAAAACUACAUCCAUCGUAUCGGUCGAGGUGGUCGAUUCGGUCGUAAGGGUGCUGCCAUCAACUUUGUCACUGAGGAGGACAAGCGAACUCUCCAGGACAUUGAGCAGUUCUACAACACCACUAUUGAAGAGAUGCCAAUGAACAUCGCCGAUCUUCUCUAA